UAUGAGCUGUCACAUGAACAGAAGAACGAUCAAAGAUGGCGAACUCCUUCCACUAAUGAUGAGCUACGAAAGGAAUAUUGGUUAACCCGAUUAUGGCUGUCUACUCAUCAGUCUUACAACACGAAAGUGUGUGGCUGUCCGAUUUCUUUCAUAGAUUUCCUCAUGUUGACUUUUCCUUUCGAUUGACGAAUGCGACAUUUCAACCAGAAAGCACUUCCUACCGAGAGUCACUGGAGUUUUGGUGUGCAGUACCUGUUGUCUGGUGUGUCUUGUUAUGGCUGGCAUUCCUGAUCUUUUUCUGCCUUCGGUGCUGCUGUAAAGUUGAGCGAAAGCAGAAGAAAGCCUUGUGCUCUCGACUUUGCAUUGGACUUUUCUUGCUUUUAGGAUGUGGGGCUUUGGGAGCAGGUCUGUAUGGAAAUGAGGAGGCCCAUGCAGGGGUACAAGACUUUGUUGAUGCUGUUGUAGCUACAAAUAGAACAGUGGAAAAUGCUUUUGAAGUGGUCAGUGCCUUGGACAAUGUGGCAAAUGAUUUACAAGGUAGAGAUGCAAAGGCCUUGCAGAAUGCAGUGAUCAGCAUCUCUAAUGUGACUGUUCGUGAAAUGAUUUCUGACUACAUCAGCCAGAUCAAAACAAAUGUAGCCAAGGUCAGCAAAGACAUCACUUCUGUUAAAAAGCAGGGUCUCCAUGUUAAUACAGAAGCAGUAGUCAACGUGACAGAUGAGGUGGAGAAAUACAGAUGGAUUAGUACAGUAACAGUGUACAGUGCAUACUUUGCACUGUUUGCAUUGGUUUUCACUGGUCUUUUGAAGAAGUCCAAGCGGAUUCUUAUUGCGUCAUCAGCUCUCAGUAUUCUGUGUAUGGCCUUCAUGUGGAUACUGACAUCUGCAUAUCUGGCUGCCUCUGUGGGCAUGGGCGACCUUUGUGCAGAUCCUGAUACCUUUGUCAUUUCACAAGUGAAAAAACAAGUUGAAAUAGACAUCUUGGAGGCAUAUAUAACAUGUAGUGACAAAAGCAAACCAUUUCAAGAGGAUAUUCUAGAUUCCCAGACUUUGAUAACACAGGCCAUUGUGACACUGAAUACUACAGUCAACCUGACAGCCCCAUUUCACAUUGAUGAUAAGAUAGCUGUUCCAGUUAGCAUGAUACGCCAGGACCUCAGACUUGGCCCUUGGUAUCUCUCCUCUCUGUUGACUUCUGUGGGGACUUGUGAUACCAUCAACAACAUGUACGUGCAGGCAGUGAACAGCAUAUGUUACACCACAGUGAUUGGUGCGGGAUUCCUGGUACUGUUCUCUGCAGUGGUGGGACUUUGCAGCACUUUCAUUGUCAUCUUUGCAGCAUGUACUUGGCCAUACUUAGGCAGAUCGAGGGAGCGAAGCAGAGGCUACACCCCAGUAGACGACACUGAUCCCUUCUUGCCAGGACCUCCACCUUACAUCAACAACUAUGGCAGCAUUGGAACCCCAUCUUCUGCCAUUCUGAAUGCCAAUGGAUCUUCUUCCAACAUUCAGGCGCAAGGAUAUCGCGAUGUCAGCAAUGAAGACAGGCGCUUAAUGAAUGGAAGGCCAGUGGCUGAGUCCCCGCCACCAUCAUAUCACCCCGGUCACUAUAUGGAGCAGUAUUUUAGUCUGGCACCUCGCCCAAACAGCAUCUCUCCAUCAUCCUAGAAACUGUGGCCAUCUGGCAUUGGUGAUAUAGUCCUUGAUUCCUCUCACCAAGAAAGAGGACUUUUUGACUUGGCCAUGUUUUAUUCUGCCUUAAUGGAAGGCACAGUGGUUCAAAUAUUAUUCAAGGGUACAAGAUUACAUCAGCGUGAGAUUAAAAUCUACAUAAAAGAGUGCUAUUUUGGAAGAAUGUUCCAACAUCUAAUUAGAUUUUUUUCUUUUUUAUAUGAGAAUUGCUUUAAUAUUCAGCUGUAAUCCUGUGAACGUUGUAUAUAUUGACGGUCAUUUGAUUGUUAGCUUUAAGGUGCCAUUGGAAAUGAGCACUAGUAGAUAAGCACAUGGUAUAUAUAUAUGUUUUGCUCAGGUCAUGUGAUAAUUUCUUUCUACUGGCCAGGUUUUUAUAUGUGAUAGUUCCUGAGGUUUUCAUGCUGUUCUAGUAAAUGUAAUACUUCUAUGCUUCAAGCAGAAUGCUUACUUAGCAUUGCUCAGUAACAGACAGAUAGGUAAACCUGUUGUUUUAACACAUUCCUUUUUUUCAUUUCAUCUGUACAGUAUACAUUUUAAGAUUAUGUCUAGUCAAAUAUAGUCUUUUUUUUUUUUUUCCUGUCACAUUAGUACAUGUACUGAUUUUAUUUGUAUAUUAUAAAUUUCCUGAAGCCAAAAAGUUUUUUAAAAAUGUUGCUGUUACCAUAUUUUAAUUGCAAAAUGAUCAGCUGUUAAAUAUUUCUUAAGAUUUUCUUUAUUGGAUUUUGUACAUUUGAAUAUAUACAUGAAUCUUAAGGUUUCUCUGUAUCAUGAUAAUGAAAUUUUGAUGAUUUUAUUUUAUUAUUAUUUGUUGUUUUUUUUUGGAGAAGAUCCUUUUCAGCUUUCAAGCUGCAAGAUAAAUAAAAACAGGAAAGUGGA